AUGUCUAACGAAGAAGAUCUCAUCGAUUACUCCGACGAGGAGCUGCAGACUACGACAGCCCCCACCACCACCGCUGCACCUGCUGCCACCAAUGGCGAUGCCGAUAAGGAGGGCGAUUUGACUGUUUCCGGCGGCCGUCCUGACAAGAAGGGCAGCUACGUCGGCAUCCACUCCACCGGUUUCCGCGAUUUCCUGCUGAAGGGUGAACUUCUGCGCGCCAUUACCGACUGCGGCUUCGAACAUCCAUCGGAGGUUCAGCAAGUUUGCAUUCCGACUGCCAUUCUGAACGUCGAUGUUCUUUGCCAGGCCAAGUCCGGUCUCGGUAAGACUGCUGUCUUCGUUCUUACCACUCUUCACCAACUGGAGCCCGUUGCCGGCGAGUGCCAAAUCCUGGUCAUGUGUCACACCCGUGAGCUGGCCUACCAGAUCAAGAACGAGUACGCCCGUUUCUCCAAGUAUCUGCCCGAUGUUAAGACCGCGGUCUUCUACGGAGGUACUCCUAUCCAGAAGGAUGUCGAGACUCUUUCAAGCAAAGAGACCUACCCCAACAUUGUGGUUGCCACCCCGGGUCGCCUGAACGCCCUGGUUCGCGACAAGAAGCUGUCUCUCCGCAACGUCAAGGCCUUCGUUCUCGACGAGUGUGAUAAGAUGCUUGACCAGAUCGACAUGCGUCGUGAUGUUCAAGAAAUCUUCCGUGCCACCCCCGCCGACAAGCAGGUUAUGAUGUUCAGCGCCACCUUGUCGCAGGAGAUUCGCCCGAUUUGCAAGAAGUUCAUGCGUAACCCACUGGAGGUCUACGUUGAUGACGACACCAAGCUUACCCUCCACGGCUUGCAGCAGUACUAUAUCAAGCUCGACGAGAAGGAAAAGAACCGUAAGCUCAACGAGCUCCUGGACAACCUUGAGUUCAAUCAAGUCAUCAUUUUCGUCAAGAGCACCCAGCGCGCCAACGAGCUCGACAAGCUGCUGCGCGAGUGCAACUUCCCUAGUAUCGCAGUGCACUCCGGUGUUAGCCAGGAGGAGCGUAUCAAACGUUACAAGGAAUUCAAGGAAUUCAACAAGCGUAUUUGUGUUGCCACUGAUGUCUUCGGACGUGGUAUCGAUAUUGAGCGCAUUAACCUGGCCAUCAACUACGACCUGCCUGCUGACGCCGACUCGUACCUGCACCGUGUCGGUCGUGCCGGUCGUUUCGGUACCAAGGGUCUGUCCAUCUCCUUCGUGAGCAACGAGGAUGACGAGAAGGUCCUCAAGGAGAUUGAGAAGCGCUUUGAAGUCGCCCUUCCUGAGUACCCCGAGGCUGGUGUUGACUCCACCACCUACAUGGCUUAG